AAUAACGCGGCCAGGGAACGAUCUCGGGUCAAAACGCUAAGAUCAGCUUUUCUAGAGUUACAACGAACACUUCCGGUAAGUCUUACAAUAUAUUAAAAAGCCACGCCAUUAAGUACAAUACCGCCCCAUGUUCCCUCUCAUUUAGCCUGCGGGUAAGUGCGGCACUUAAUUACAAUACCGCCCCAAUUUCCCUCUCAUUUAGCCUGCGGGUAAGUGCGGCACUUAAUGCGGCAAUAAAUUAUUGGUGUGCAACAUUUAAGGCAUUGUGCCGAGGUUUGCUCAAAAUAAAAUAAGUACAUUCUACUCAUGGGCUAAGCCUACAAAGUGUAUUGAUAUUGAUAGGCAACAUACAACAUACGCCCCGCCAGCACACACUUUGCGCCCGCAAAGUGACGAAAUAUUAUUGUUUAUAUUAUUUUCUUAAUCGCCCCCCCCCCCCCAAAUCCUAUUUUCUUUUGGUCCGCAAAAGUCCUGUCCUAUUUUCUUUUAGCCUGCACAAGUUUUUCCUAAAGUAUUACGCCACCCCCCCCAUCCCCCAUAUUUUGAGAUGUGCAGGCCUGCUAUAGUAUACUAAGCGUGUGUAUAUAUAUAUAUUUGACUGCGCGGUAACCAGUUAACAAAAGUGCCUUUGCCCCCUUUGUAUGCCACUGGUGAUAACAUCUCCCAUAUGCCCCGGUUUCCAUCCUUAAAAUUGUGACAAACCUACAUUAUUAUAUUUAUAUACAUCUACAAUAGGUUUUUAAAUACUCUAUAAACCAGUUAUGAAAUCUAUAUACCGGUAGUGAAAAUAUUUUUUUUUUCCUUGGUUGAAAUUUUAAUUAACUGAAUUUUCGGGGAAGAAAAUGUAUUAAAUAUAAUUUUCAAUUACUAUUACAGUUAAAUCCUUUAAAAUAGGCGAGUGUAAAGGGGUUAAUGAAUUGUACUAUUAUACAAGGUAAUACCCAAAAUAAAACUCAGCUUUUUUUUGGCGAUUUUCUUGUCUUAGGCUGUCCCACCAAACACCAAACUGUCCAAGUUGGAUGUCCUGGUUCUGGCCACAGCUUAUAUUUACCACUUGACAAAGACGUUAGAAGGACAGGAAGACUCGGAGGAGCCACAGUUGACAGAAACAGACGGUGUAUCAGCAAAAGGUGGAUUCAAGCAUGUUUCCGUCUCCAAGCUCGGACGGUCAAACAACGUGACACUCCACUCACCCUACACUCCACAUGGACACCACACGUUGUCCUCUGCCCCCGGACAUUGUGUCAGGAUGAGGCGUGUCCAACUGAGCAGACGGACAUCCGGUUCAUAUCACAACUCUGACCUUUUAUUGGCUAAAGGCGGUCAAAGCAAUGAGUUCGAGGCUCAUCACGAACCAAUCUUACCUCUCUUACCUCCAGAGCAGCAGCAGUUAGGAGAAACUGUACCAUGGAGGAUAUCCAACAUCGAGAGACAAAGAGACAGAAAAUCUGUCAAAACACAUGUUCCGCUGAAUCAAGGCACAGUUGGAAUUCUACAUCCUGUGAAGGUAGAUUGUUACCUCGUCAUAUAACUGAGUACAACUGUGAUGUGAUUGUGAAAUAAGGAGUCUCACUUUAUUUAGAGUGCAAGUCACAACCUAAGGUUGAUUCUUCCAAAGAUAAACUGACUGCUCCAUGAUAUAAAUAAAGUAAAUGCUUUAUGAGAUAAAGUAGAUGCCCCAUGAUAUAAAGUAAAUGCUUUAUGAGAUAAAGUAGAUGCCCCAUGAUAUAAAGUAAAUGCUUUAUUAGAUAAAGUAGAUGCCCAUGAUAUAAAGUAAAUGCUGUAUGAGAUAAAGUAGAUGCCCCAUGUUAUAAAGUAAAUGCUUUAUGAGAUAAAGUAGAUGCCCCAUGAUAUAAAGUAAAUGUUCUAUGAGAUAAAGUAGAUGCCCCAUAACAUAAAAUAAAUGUCCCACAAGAUAAACUUGUCUGCCACGUUUCAACUUUUUAGGUACACUUUAGGGUAGGGGGGAGUAGGCCUUUAAAAUAGUUAACAGCUGAGACAAACAAUGCUAGUGUCAUGCAGAAUAAAAACAGUCAAAAAGAAUCUAUUCUUACAAAUUAUGAUAAACAGUAUUGUAGCAGACCAUAUAUUCUCAAAUGAAAAUUAUGAGUUUUCACCAUUUGACACAUUCAAGCAUCAGAUAAAAGCUAGAACUGUGUAGAAAAGAAAAGACAAAAGGUGAAUUCAAUGAAAAUUAAAGUUUAAUACUAAAUGACUUUAAAUAAAUCAAUGUAUAAGUUAUUGUGUAUUAAAUUUACUUACAGAAAUGGCCCAUGAGAUCCAGGCUCUAUGACAGCAUACUAGGAUGCAAUUCCCAAUGGUCAACACUAUCAACCUCACCACCGACCUGUGCAAUGCACAUCAAUGACCAGCUUUAAGAACAAACAGACCAGCUUUGAGAACAAAUAGACCAGCUUUGAGAAUAAACAGACCAGCUGGUGACCUGUAAUGACUCGUCUUUACAUACCGCUGAGCCUUUCUUAGUCACACAUAAUCUGCACACUCAAAAGAUUUACACAUAAAUGACAAGUAGAUGUAAAGAGCAAUACUCUUGGUUUCAAAUUAUUUUCUCUACAAUAUUCACCCCCAGAAGUAUGGAGGUGUUCAAUAAAUUAUAUAUUACAUGUAGGUGACUUGGUGAUAGAUCAGGGUGUUUCAGCAUACUUCAAUAUUGCCAUCAAGUUUCAACAUGUUCAACCUCCCCAAGGCCACACUGAUGUAAAGUGGUGCAAUUCCAUCAGGUCACAGAUUAUUUAGCGAGAAUUCCUCCUUGGUUCAAUUAUAUUUAACCCAUUUUAGGCACAAGAUGUUAAACAUUUUCAUGACCAUGCAUUCUGAUCGAGAAUAAAUUUCUGUAGUACUUCCUGAUAAAAUGAAAUAAUACCCACCUUCAUUUAAAAUAGGAUAAUCUGAUUCACUAAUUUAUUACAUUGUUCAGCCCUGAUAAAUUAGCUCUGAGACAAAUUUAUUGUAAUGCUUGGGAAUAACUAAUACCGAUACAUACCAUGUGUACAGCAUGCAAAAAAUGUCUCAAAUUAAACUCAAGGAAAAUGUUUGAAAAACUUUAAAUCAAGAGGCAUAAGGACAUAAUGUUUUUAAUAUAAUAUCAAACAGUAACAAUAAUAAUGUUAUCACACUCAAAUAUUUAUCAAGACAAAAUUCACUUACUUUUAAAUAUUUUCUUGUUAAACAUUGCUUUAGUUAAAUUAUUCCUAUUUAUAGCUUUAAUUUCUUUUUUUAAAGGUCAUGUGUCAAAAAUGUUUAUGAAUCAUAAAUGCUCAUUAGGAUGGCCAUUUUUAUUCCAGACAACGUUUUUUAAAGGCAUAAAAUAAAUAUGACAAAUUACAACAUGCAAAUAAUAUCAGAAGAAGGUAAAGUUUAACAAGAGCACCAGAGUGGUCUGAUCGAAUUUUACAGAUUCCUGAAAUGCAUUUUUAACAUUCAAAAUAAAGCAGAUAAAUAUUUAUGUAGCUAUCGCUCACAAAAGCCUCACAUUGUUUCAGUUUUUUAAAAGGAAAGGAUUCCCUGGGGCUCUGGAUUUUCAUAAAAUUUCACCAAAAAUUUAAAUCUCAUCAUCAAAGUCCUCAAUCACAACUUCAUCUUCAUCACCAGUAACCGAUACAUUUGUCUGGCUGUUGGAAAUAUUUUCAUUGUCAGCAUCAUCAAUGCUGUCAGCCUGAGCAUGGUGGAGUAGUGAUGGAAACAUACGGGAUUCCUCGCCUCCAUCAUCCUCCUGCAUAUCUUCUUCAAACACUACAUCUUUUUCAUUCAAUCUCUCCAGUGUUGGUCUGAUGAGGGUUUAUAAAAUGUGUGUGUGAGCAUUUUAUGGCAGAAGGCUUAUAAAAAUAUCUCAAGCGAUUAUAAUAUAUAAAAGUUUUAUGCAAAGACCCUCAAAUGAUCAGCAAAAGCAUAUCUUCAGGAUUUAGCUUUAAACAGAUUAGCUAAAAUUGUUCCAAUUUUUUAGCUACAAAUUUGUUGCACCUAUUGUUAUAGUGAUAAGUUAUAUGAGAAAAGGGUAAUGAGUGAUUUGCAGGGAUAUAAAAAUAUAUUUAUGUAAAUCCUAUGAAUUUAUGCAUGUUCUAAAUAUUAAAAUAUAUUCUUGUACAUAAAAAAAAUAAAAUUAGCUGUGUAUUUCUUAGCUGAAUAAAAUAAUAUAUUCAUGAGAAAAAUUAUUUAUUUUGUAAAGAUUAGUGAAUUUUAAUUGAUUUUUAAUUUUAGAAAAUUAAUUUACCUGAAAGCAUUUUUUGAACGUGAGAAAUGUGUCAUUUCUUGCACAAAAUUAAUUUGUCCUGAAAUAUAGAAGAAGAAAAACCACACACUUAUACAUUUUAUUUAAUAAUAAAGAAUGGAUUUCUUUUCUAUUCAAUUAAUCUUAUUUGCGCAAAAUUUGAAAUUGUUUGUUUUUAUAAAAGAGAAUAAAAAGUAUUGUUUCUAAUAAAUUUAUUGGCAAAGGGGGAUCAAGAUUAAUUUAUUUAUCUAAAGAAAUCCUAAUAAUAAAUGCAUUGACCUGUGUCAUGUAAGGUUGGAUUGCACAGACUGAUAUAAGGCAGGAUCUCAGUACACAAUAC